AUGGCGAUUGCUGCGUACAUCGGCUUUUACUACACUUGGGUCCCUGUGGGAGCUGUAUCCAAAGACAUCUAUUUCCAUCAAACGUACGUGGCUUGUCCCACUGACCGCAGCGAAAAUGGCCCUUAUACAUGCUCGGUGCUGCUAGAUGCGGGCCCUGAGGACUUGCUCGCCUGGCAGAACGACGUCGUCCAUCCGCUCUUUCACCGGGAUCACCAGUACGACGUAUCGCUGGAACUGACCGUGGCUGCGGAGAACCAUGUCGACGAGCUGCCGGUGCUGGCAGCAGAUCUGUGGCUGAAAAGCGGCGAGGAGGAGACGCUGUACCAUGCAUAUCGUACAGCACUCCUGAUCCCCGAGCCGCGCAUCGUGCGCUGGCUUGCAAGAGCGAUGCGCACGAUCAAGCGCCCUUUUCGUCACGAGCCUUUUGCUCCGACGCAGAUGCUGCGGUUCCCGCUACUGGCAGGGGUUGUACCGUGGUCGACAGGGAUCAUCACACCGCAAGGCGAGACCUAUGCAAGACCCGUGCGUGGCUACAUGGCUUCCCAUGCACAAGUACGGAUCCAAAACAGCUACGGAAAAAAUACGGUGCAGGUGCAGCAAGCCGCACUGCGUUUUGACGCGCGCCUUACCGGGGCUGUGUACGUUUUCGCGGAGAGCCCCAUGUCGGAAACGCACGGCGAGUCGCUUACGGAACUGCUGGACGAGGCAUUCCGUCUCGCAUCACUGCAUAGCCCAUCUAACACCGAUGAUUCGUCUCAAAAAGCACUCCGCCACCUCGGUGACGCGGCACGCAUGGCCGACGCACUCGCGGUAAUUAGCGAAAACGACUGCUUGUGGGAGAUUUCCACGCGCUCUUUGCGCGUGUUUCUCAUCCCAAGUCUGCAGACCGAGCUUGAAUCAAACUUACGGCCUAAACCGGAUGGCGAUAGGAUGAUGCAGCGGCGGAAGCAGGUGGAAGCAGCGCUCGGUGCCGGUCGCCUCUUCUUUGCUUCUGUGCAGCGUCACAAGGCGUUGCCACACGCUGUUGCAAUGAUGACGCGGCAGCAGGUCCUGAAUAGCGAAAAAGAAAACACUGGAAAUCGCCCUGAUCCGGGCGAGCGCAGGCACCUCAAGAUCCAGCUGCUGCAGCUGGAGCGCCAAGUCAAGCAGUACUUGGAUGCGUUCCGCACCGAGUUCCGAAAUGCGCAACAGAAACGCGACCCGCAAAGCUCGCAAGUGCCGCCAGCAAGCAAUGAUCCAUUCUACGACCUGCUAAUUCUAUCUGGCAGUGUGAAUGACGACGACGACGACGACGAAAUAGACCAAGUCGACAUUACCAAAAGCCCGACGUACGAAACGCGGCAGCCGCGCAACUUGCGCGAAUACUUACUGAUGCUCAUUGUUUUGCAUGCGAUCCGUACCUCGUCCACGAUGGAAACUGCACAGCAGGAACUGGAGCUCUUGCGCAUGGUGCCGCAGGACGAUGCGCGCGCGGAAAAGCAGCCAUUGCACGAGUCUGAGUGGCGUCUCGACUCGCGCUGGUUUGCAGGAAAGAGCGGCGGGCCGCUCCUUGGCGAGCAAGGCAAGCCACUCCGGCCAUUCGUGAUUACGGGAAGCAGCGCCGGUGGUGGGGCGGCGCAACAAGCACCUGGUGAUCAGCGCUCGCAACUCAGAGAAGCGGUAUUCCGCCCAUCGCACCGCCUCCCGACCAUGUCGAUCGACCAGUACCUGGAAGAAGAGCGCAGGCGCGGCAACAUUAUAGAAAGCGAUGCUUCACGCGGCCAAGAUUCCACACCGCGCGAGCGCCGCACAGAGCUUGCCGAGCUGGAUGGAACGCGCGCCGGGGAAGAGGCGGAAGAAGCGGCGCGCCGCGAAGCGAUCCACUGGGAUACAUAUACAGAGACGCACAUGCGCGGCGCUGGAAAUACCAUGAACCGUGGCUGA